GACCUUUGCAUACUACCUCUUGACGUAGUAGCAGCAAGAGCCGAUCCACCAAGUUCACAGAGCAGCAACCGGAGAGCCAGGAGCAGUCCGACUCACGAGCAGACCCGAGCAGCCCCGAGCAGACCCGAGCAGACCCGAGCAGACUUGAGCAUACCCUAGCGCAUCGAGCAGACUGACCGAACCGCACACACCACCAUCAACUUUGACACUAUUUGCGAUGGACUUUGUCAGUGGAAACGGAGGUGAUGCCAUGGAUCUUAUGCAGGAGCAGGCGUCAUCGGCCAUGAUCCAGAUGCAGCUCAACGUCAUGUCGUCGACCUGCUUUGAUUACUGCGUGCCCGAGCCUGGAAACAGGCUAACGGCGGCGGAGACGACCUGCAUCCGCAACUGCACCAGCAAGUUCCUCCGUGCCUUUGAUGUCGUUGUCCAUGCCUUUAACGAGCAGGGCCAGUCGCAGUAACAUUGAAGCACAAGGGAGAGAUGCGA